UAAUCAUCUGGCAGGAAGUUCUGCUACAUUAGUAAACUGCUUCCUACUUGUGUUAUAUUUCUUAAUUUUUUUUGUGCAUUGAUUCAGGGGUGGUUUUUAACGCAUCCUGCUUGCCAAUGUAUACCUUUCUUUUCAGAUUGAAGGAGCUCCUCGCACUUUGUUAUUAUUCCGACUAAGCCAGUCAAUGGAUCAAAUGGACAAUAUGUUUGAAUUAACUCCAACCACUGAUACUCCUUCCUCCUCUUUUAACAAUAAUCCUCCUCUUUCAUCAGCCUCCACUAGUAACAAUGCACUUUUACCUUCUCUUCCUUCGUCUUCUAAUUCAGCAUCAAGAGGACAUGGUCCUAUUUUCGAUAUUGCUUCGUUUAUGGAAGAGAGUCGGCAGCGACAAGAGGCAAGAGAUAGGGAGGAGACAGAAGCAGCUGAAGAGAACACUCUUCGAUUGCGUACCGUACGUCAGACGAUGGUAGUACCAGGAGAAAGCACCAGUAGUCCGUCGUCGGAUCAAUUAUCGGAAGAGGAAUGGUCCUCAUCGACAAGGAGGAGGAGGAGGAGGAGGUCUGCUACCGGGAGUGAUGAUCAAGCAGUCUCUGAUGUUUCACACCCUCUCUCUGUUACACACUCUCACACUCUAAGGGAAGCUGCAUUAGACUGUCCUAGUACAACAGAUUCUGAACCUGAUCAACUUCUUCCUGGAACCAAAUAUGAGAGUACUAAAUAUCAGAGAGUUCCAACAGUUAAGAAACAUGUUUUGGAGAAGCAGAGAAGAGAUCUAGAGCAGACUCAGGAGUAUGUAGAAAAGAUUUCUUCUAAGACGAAGCUGAAGGCCACUCCGCCGUCAUCGCAAGACAGCAAGACUUCAGGCUCUUCUGAUUACAUUGCUUCAGCCCAGUCAGGUCUUAGCUGCAGUCUAGAAUCAACCAGCAGUACAACUGUACAAGAAACUGAUGAAGGAAGUCAAGAUGCUGAUUGUACUUUGGAUAGAAGUCACGGAUUGUUUAAGUUCAAGGGUAGGAUUGUUACUAAAUUUGAUCAUAAUACUGACAAUAGAGAGCCUAUGACUGAUGCAGAGAUAAUAGAUUCUGUUGCUACUAUUGCUGAAGAAGGCACGCAAGACCUGUUUAGUGUAAAUGAUGCAAAUAAUGAUUCACAGUAUGAAAGGACUAAUACGGUUCCAAGGUGGAUGUUACAGCAGCAGAAAGAGCAGGAGUCAGAGCAGACUGACCUAGAGGAGCUCACUGAAGAGACGCAAAGAGGAGAGAAGAGAUCAAGAUUGGACAGCAGCCCAAGUAGUGGCACUGAUCCCACUCUGUCUCCCACAAUGAAGCCACCUACUAAAAGACCCGCGGGGCGAAUUCAAAGUGAUAGCAGCUGUAAUUCUAAUGAAUCAUAA